AUGUUCUUAGAUGAGAGAAAGAAAAAUCACUGGAGUGUGGAAUGUGGCAGAGAAUUCUUUAACAGGAGUGCUCUUCAGAAACACUCGAGAGUUCACACCGGAGAGAAGACAUAUUACUGUAAUGAAUGUGGUAAACAGUUUUCACAUAAAGGCCAUCUUCAGAUACACACGAGAGUUCACACCGGAGAGAAGCCAUAUUGCUGUACUGAAUGUGGCAAACAGUUUUCACAUAAAGGCAGUCUUCAGAGACACACGAGAGUUCACACCGGAGAGAAGACAUAUUACUGUAAUGAAUGUGGCAAACAGUUUUCACAUAAAGGCAGUCUUCAGAGACACACGAGAGUUCACACCAAAGAGAAGCCAUAUUGCUGUAAUGAAUGUGGUAAACAGUUUUCACGAAAAGGCCAUCUUCAGAUACACACGAGCGUUCACACUGGAGAGAAGCCAUAUUGCUGUAAUCAAUGUGGCAAACAGUUUUCACAAAUGAGCAGUCUUCAGAUACACACGAGAGUUCACACUGGAGAGAAGCCAUAUUGCUGUAAUCAAUGUGGUAAACAGUUUUCACAUAAUGGCAGUCUUCAGAGACACACUAGAGUUCACACCGAAGAGAAGACAAAUUGUUGUAAUGAAUGCGGUAAACAGUUUUCACAAAUAGGCCAUCUUCAGAGACACACUAGAGUUCACACCAGAGAGAAGAAAAAUUGUUGUAAUGAAUGCGGUAAACAGUUUUCACGAAAAGGCCAUCUUCAGAGACACAUGAGAGUUCACACCGGAGAGAAGCCAUAUUGCUGUAAUGAAUGUGGUAAACAGUUUUCACAAAUGAGCAGUCUUCAGAUACACACGAGAGUUCACACUGGAGAGAAGCCAUAUUACUGUAAUCAAUGUGGUAAACAGUUUUCACAACUAGGCGAUCUUCAGAGACACACGAGAGUUCACACCGGAGAGAAGCCAUAUUGCUGUAAUGAAUGCAAUAAACAUUUUUUACAGAGUCAGUCUUCAGAUACGCACGAGAGUUCACAACAGAAUAAAAACGGUAGCAGUUCACAAAUCAAUCCAGAAAAACAAGAACCCUUCAGGACUCAAGAGUGAGGUUGUCGUGUCCUAAAAAGAAAGCAAACUAAACUAUUGUUGAGAAAUGAAUCUCAAAGAGAAACCAUAUUGCUGUUUGGAAUGUGGCAAACAAAUCUGUCAGAGCAGUACACUUCAGAGACGCACCAGAAUUCCCACAGGAGAGAAGUACAACUGAGCUGUCCUGACUAAAGAGUGAGGUUCACUCCUGCCUGGACAGUAAUCACAUGUAACUGACUCAAAUCCAUCCUACUUAGUGUUGUGUCAAAAACAAAUCAACAUGGAGGAGAAAUAGAAGUUUAUAUCCUUUUUCCUUUUCCAGAAACAAAAUAAAGAACAGGGCGUCAUACAAACGGCUUCUCACCAAAGCCCCUACAGCCUCCACUGUGCGCCCAACUCUGUUUUCAUAACAUACGUAUUACAUAUAGAACUGUUUACAAUAUAUU